CCCGUUUUCGGAGGCGUCAAGCGCGCGUUUGCACAGCAUCGCGUUGCCCCCGGCUCGCAUCCUGCGCUCGCCGCACGAUCCAGGAGCAGCUCUCUCGUUCUGCUCGGCGCGCGCGUCUCCCGUCAGCCGCAGAAUCGCCGUCCACGCGUGGUCCUCAUUAUGCGCGGACGCACCCGGAGCGGCCUCAGCGAGGUGGGGGAGGCGCGGACAGCUUUCUUCGGGGCGCAGCUGGCGGAGCGUGCGACGUCGUGUCACCUUUCGCUGGCCAUCCAGGUCGCGCGCCGAGAAUUGAAUGCGGCUCGGGCGCCUAUAUAGGAGCGGACUCUGCCUCCUCCGGCUUCGUCCACCGCUGCCGUGAGGAGGCUGAUAACGUGCUUGUCAUUGGACGCGAGGGAAGCCCACGAACGUGCAAAGCGCCCGCUCGGGUCACUCGGUACUGCUAGCGGCGAUAAGCAAAGGCGCAUACGGUUUACCGUCGUUCAUCACGUAACACCACCCACAUCGAAAGCAUGUCCCGUGGCCGGCGCUCGCUCCUUCUGUUAUGCGGCCUGCUGGCGCUCGGACUAAGCUGCGUCCUAUGCGACCACAGCUCGGACUCGCUGCAGCAGGACCAGGAGCAGCUGCUGCACCACAACUCGCACCAGCAGCCUCCGUCUUCCGCGCACCAGCAGCUCAAGGCCGAGCGUUCGGGCACCUACUACCUGCACGACGUGGACAACAAGGCCCGCUUCGGCGUCACGGGAGUGGGCGGCUCGGGUCUCACGCUGCUGCUGCCCAUCCUGCUGGUUCUCGGCCUGUUCGUCAUCAUCAUCCCUAUAUUCGGGCUGCUCUUCACCACGGGCCUCGCCGGAGGGUUCGGAGGGUUCGGCGCCGGCGUGCCCGGUGGACUCUACCCGGCCGCUUCGGCCGCCGGACGCAAGUGGACAGGCGCGGAGUCGUCGAUACUGAGUCAGGAGAACGUCAUCAAGAUGGUCAGCUUCGUCGAUAAGGCUCUCCAGGACUUUGGCAAGCAACUCAAGGUCAAGCAGAGCUAACUGCACUUAUAGCGUGCGUUUCCUGAGACAGUCUCGCCUUGGGCUGGUCCACAUGCGCUGGACUGGAAGACAGAGGAAGUUACUAACACGGCGAACUUAGCGCCGCGCGCUUAAUUACUAUAUACGCGAUUUUCGGCCAGUAGAACCCAGAACGCGAUGGCUUGUGAACAGUUAGCAGCCGCGAACUAUUGGAUCCCUGAAGCCGUAACGUUGGCAUUCGCCACGCCGCUGUGCUAUGUGAAUAAGUAAAUGUAGUAGGAAUAAGUAAAAUUAAUAGGAAUACGUAAAUGAAUUCGCUAAUUUGUUUUCUCAGCACACGCACGUAUUUCUGGAAAGCAACGCGAUAUUAUAAAGCGCAGCCACUGAUCUGUCAACUCCGAGAAGCAAGCGUUCGUACCGUCACAAAAUUAUGCGGUUCUGGCAAAUGCGGGUGAGAUGUCACCUUGAGGCGAGAGCAGGGCGUCGCUAUACUCAUAAAUAUAUAGGUGCAGGGAAACGGCAGUGCCCGCACGACCUGAACUCGGCGCUUGCGGUCAGUGACAACGUAACGGGCUUAACGAUGAAAACGCAGUUUAAACACUGAUGGUUUCUAUAGUUCUGUCCUUAGGUGAAUGCGUCACUCAAAGGUAUAUAGCCACUCGAAACUCGCGGUGUGCUGCAUAAUUCGCUCGCGGCAUGCGUGUUUGAGGUCAUGUGCUGAGCGCGACUGCACUUUUCAACCGUACUUUUCAUCGGUGAGGUUUACGACUCACAUGCAGACAUAUUUAUCAGCCCAACUGCCGAGCAGAAAAUGCGGGUCAUUUACUAUGCGUAUGCACUUUUCACUGUACAUAAAGAGUUGCACGAGCUUGGACACGAUUUUCCAGCGCUAUGGUUUCAAUGCACAUAUCUCUCAAGCGUGCAUUAUAGUAAGUUCCGACUUAGUCUGACGCAUGCAUCUGUUAGAAGAUAUUUUUGAAAAAAUCCAGCAUAAAGCUCGUUCUAACGUGUCGCCAGAAAUAAAUACUUUAACAAUAUUUAUCUGUGAUGCACACGGUGCAGUGUUAUUAUAUUUAGUUAUCAACCGUUCUACAGCGCACACGUGCGCUUACGGAUGCGCGAUGAGUUUCAACGUUUGGCAUGUGAAACAGCGCACAAACGCAUGCGAAUAUGCAUGCCUUACUGAGUGCGCACUGUGAUUACAGUAAUGAGCAAUGCUGCAAUUUUUUACUCGGAACAGUAGAACAAAUUCGAGGCUUUAAACGCACCAGCGACAGUUGCCUCCGAAUAACAGAAACAGAUCCCGGAGGCUACGGAAAUGAUCGCAGAGCCAGAAAUGCGUCAUGGCCGCCAUGUUUUAGAUAACACACGGUUUCCCUGACGCCAUCCCCCUCUCUCAGACUUUAUCCUAUCCCUUUCGGUAUAUAGUGCAUUGGUUCAAGGUGACCUGCAUGCCUUCGUUUAGAUUACCUCUUUCGCUAGGUAUACGGCACAAGAACGUGAAAAGAUAAAGCAGUUUGUUGCCCUCACGUUUUCUUUUACGAAACGAAAGUAGGAUCUGGUGGCGUUUAACGUCCCGAAACAGGAAACGGGCUAUUGGGGAAUCCGUGGUUGAGGGCGCCCGGCUAAUUUCGACCAUGUGGGGCACACUUUGACGCGCAUCUGAAGCGCGGUGCACGAGCGUAUUUGCAUUGCACCCCGUCGAAAUGCGGCCAGGAAUCGACCCCGCGGCGCCGUGCUCGGCAGUAGAAAACGAUAACCGCUGUAAGGCACAGCUCUGUACUUCGAAAUGCGUGAAGCUAUCCCGCAUACGUAAACCGCUCAUAACGCACAACGCUAUGUAGAUUAUUCCUUGGAGUGUGACUAGUCACGAUGCAGAGCAAACCGAUAGGGAAACGUUUCCAUAGGCACGCUCGAAGGCGCGCUCAUUACGACUGAAAGCUGCUUAUCUCCGCCUCCAAUCUAAUUCCGCCAAUUUCAACUGUCCUAGUCCUCCGCUACGUUUCACAGGCGUUUCGUAAAUUCGAAAAACGUAUGCAUUAUUCCACUCUUUUGUUUCUUCCUCGCAUAGUGAUUUACGUAGAGAGGAGCAGUCUCCAUAGUCUAAUGCAUUAGAACAGAUAGAUUCAUUCAGAACAUGCUGAGCAUAAGUAGAACGUAUGAGUGAUUUAAUACGGAAUACAGAGAAACCGACUAUAUGUCGCGGUAUGAGCAGCCAGUGCUGCCGUGCAUCGUACUGCCACCGUCAGAAUUAACAGGAACAUGGGUCACAGCCUCCAGCCGAUUAGUCUCCACAUUUCCCCUCGUUGAUUUUCCGUAUUAUCAUACCCCAUCGCCCCCUUAAACGCGAACUUGUUUUAAGCGUCUUUCUCCUGCAAGCGAAACGGAGCUGUGAAGUUAGUCCGCAACUGAAUCCUGCAUCUGCUAGUCGAUCGAUCGGUUUGCCUCCUUGAACAGCAGGUGUUCGAUCUUUUGCAGCUUGCAUAUGUUGAACAGGUCAGCUAGUCAUUCGCGUCUAUUACGGUGGCGCUAUCGCUCUGGCAAGCCGCUCCUUUCAGAUGAUGAUAAUGAUUAUCAUUAUAACACGGCUCGUACUUACAAUGGCGGAUUGGCCAAGAAUCAGUUGGUUGUACCUACAGAUGACUUCAGCAAAACGAACAUGAAAGAUUAAAGCGGAAUAAAAGAGCGGCGUGCAAAUUAAAAGUCAGCCACAUGACUGGAUGACUGCAUUAAAAGAAAUAAAUGAAGAUUCUUUGAACGAUUUAGUGAGAAGAAAAUUCAGAAGCAUUACAAUAGGGGCAGUAAGAAAUGUAUGAAGUAGCCCGGUAAGGGUUUUGCUGCUUGAUUGAAAGCACACACACGCAGCAUUAAACACUUCCCUGCGAUAAAACCCAGUGCUACGGGGCGCCAAGAUAGUAAGACCAACACACGGUGCGCGUCCACAAUUCGGGCAUAUCGGAUUGAAUGUUCUCCUUUUCUUUGUUCUCAAGACUAAUGAAGGAAGGUGUGUAUAAAAGAAUAAAAGUAUUUUUUUUUUCAUGGCAAAUUAAAUUGUUCAGCUAGUCACUGAUUUCCUGCACAAAUUCAUGUAAGGAGCCAUUGAACAAAGUUUUGCAACCAUUUGUGCGAGUCCCCGUCAAUAUUAAGACUAAUAUCAUGCUUCAGUCAAAGCCAAACUUCUUUCAUCGGCCGUGCCAUGUUUCGGAUGCAUAGGUUUAGCGCGCUAUCCAAAAAAAUUAACGUUUUCGGCCCGAAGCUAGAGUCGAAACUUCUCUACGGCGGAGGCUAUGAUAGCGGAGGGUCACGUGAUCAUAGUUUUGGCUGCCUAAAAAUUGUUUAGCACGCGUCAAAAAUGUCAAUACACGGGCGUUAGUGCGCACAGUGCCCAUAGUUAUAUGUGAUCAUCACGGCCGGGAGUCGAACCCGCGACCUUUUUAUGAGCAGCAAGGCCAGAGCAUCAUUUCAACUGAGUACCGCAGGUAUUCAGUGGAUAUUAGAAAACUGACGCAUCAGAAUCGAAGGGCUCUCUCACUCGAUGGUCUUCGCAACCGUGUCAGGGGUAUUUACAUACUAAAGGAAGAAACUAUAUUCAAUGGCAUUCGCUUCUGUUUAUCCACGUGAACAAAACAUGGUUAUUUUAGAAAACUUGUAUAUGCUGGGAAGGCACAAAAUUUGUUGGUCCAUAUACGCGUUCUAAUUCAGCAGGCUCUACUAUGAAUUAAGUAAGCAGAAAGAAAGAAACGUGUACUUGUACAGUUUGUUCACGAAAGUUAAAAAUGAAAGGAGCUAAAGCUUGCUUAAGAACGUCCUUGUCGGCUUUUCUUAGCCUAGCUCAACGGCAACAACAUUCUGAACGUGCGUAUCUUUGUAGAAGACUGCCCCAUAUAUUUCAUAAUUAUGCCUAUGUUCCUUUUAUAUUGGCUUUCUUGCAACACACCAUCUCGCGCGGUGAAGUUCGCUUGCAGUUGAGAAAGCACACCCAUGUGCUUUUUCAACGCAAGCGGACUUCACCGCACUUGGAGGCACGUGGUGGGAGCGGGAUAGCUCGUGCCGUUUUCAAACGACAACGAAUAACAAAAUAGCACGUGAGCACGCGAUACUGCAAAGGGCAUUUUGCAGCGCGCGCCAUAUAAAUAACCAAGUCAAGGGACGCCAUUACCACACAACUCCAGCCAGCCAAUCGCUGUCCGUGCAAAAUUAAGUGACAUACUGAUUGUCAUCUUCAAAACGCCGAGGAAAUGGUCACUGUUUCGGGCAACAAGCUUACGCGAUACCGCACGCAAGGCCAAGCUCGUCCGUACUGUUGAUGGCAUACAUAUAACGUGCCUUGGGUAGAACGGCUUGAAAAUACAAGGCAAUCGGCACUCAAUGCUUUCGACUAAAGACCAAAAGCAAAAAAAAAAAAUCGCUUUGGCUAAAUUGGUUAUACAUGAGUAAGUAUUACACUAUUGAAGCGAUCUUGGUAGAGCUACAGGGCCGGUAAUUGUCUAAUUUUUUAUAAAAACGAUUUAAAUAGCACUGUAGCGGACGAUGCGUGCACGUGAUGGUUAGUAAACAUGACCCAAAUCCCAGCUAGUUACCUCCGAGACUUCAGCACGCCUUGGUACAAUGAACUGCGAGGUCAUGCCAAGGCACCGCGCUAGUUUUUGACCUUCUGGAUCGUACGUCGUUUUUGGCAGACGAUAUUGAUUGUCUGUUUUUCUUGCUUUUUUUUCAGUUUCGUUAUCAAACGCACCUACCUUUUGCGAGAUUUUCAUGACGCAUCCGCUCGUACUUCAAACGUAAAAAUUUGCGCGGAAGCUGCUUUAUAUCUAAGCCAUCUGAAAGUAGGCUUUCUACGCGGUCCAAAAUUCCGUUGCAGUUGAUCUUUAAAUUUUGUCUGUUACGGAUUUAUUUUUAUUUUUAUUGAUUAAUACCUCAAGGAGUCCAAAAUAGGACAUUACAUGAGAGGUGGACGCGUAAAAGGCUGGAUUGAUGCGUAUGUGAAAGGCGGGAUGUGUAGAAACUGGACGUAGAGAAAAAGCAAGCAAACUUUAAUUUAACGUUUCAUUAUUUAAUAGCACCGCGGAUAAGCACAGCAUUAAAUGUAAUUAACACCACAAAGCGAGCACAAGUGAUCAAAUAAAGAAACAAAAAACUACGAACCGACUUAUUACCUUGAGCACCAGGCCCCCCGCCCCCCCCUAUUGAAUGACAUCACGCUCUUAGGUUACUGAAAAAAACAACAACAUUAAAACAAAAACAAUUUCAGGGUAAGGCAGUUGUGCCGCCGUUUAUUAUUGUUUUUUUUUCUUUCACUGUUGAAUCGCUUUGUUCAACACCGCUCGUCUUCAAGUGAGCCGAUCGACGUUAGCCAAAUUACGCAUAUACGUUUUCAGCAAUAUAACAUACGUUGUGGUAUGCUUUGGGAAACGCGAAAGAAGCCCUCUACUAUCGGCCACCUCCACAAACCAGCUAGGCAGGUAGGCUCUCGAUCGAUGCGCUUCGCUUUCCUGUAGUACAGCUGCUACAGGUCAUGCUCAACCCAAUAGCACAAUUAUUGCGCGAAUUCAGAGUGUUUAAUCUGUCGAUCGUGUGAUUUAUCUGUAUCACGCAGAACAGCUAGGCGCACCUGCAGAUAUGGAAAGAUAAGCUUUGACGACGUUUCUUCAUCAGCUGCAUGCGCGGAGCUGCAUGCGUGUCCCAGUGACCGUGGUGAUCUACUGCCGGACACCAAUUCGCAGUUUCGACUUCCGGUCGCGAAGGCCGCAUUCCGAUGGGGGCAGAAUGGAAAUACUCUCCCGUGCUAAUAUUUUCGGCUUGCUUCAAAGGACCCCGGAUGGUCACAUAAGCAAUCAAACAUUAUUAUGGUGUACGGGCCGCCCAUUUGGUAAUUCGGAAGGUUAAAACCCGUAUAAACCGAUCAACGGUAUGUUGCAGAGUAUAGACAUGUCUUACAUAGAACGGUGCUACAAUGGUCUGUGACAAGAUACGGUAAAGAUUACUAACAUAACGCUUAUCAUAUAGAAAGCUUUGGGUGACGGGACGAAAGAACCUUAUGUUCCACUUGCGUAUGCGAGCCGCUUGGGCCCCAAGCAAAACCCAAGCAGACUCAAUAAGGGGACGCAAGCAGCUCGCGUACCCAAGAACCCAGAAUAAAAAUGUAUCUUACUUUUAGAAAGACGUGACUUCUCAUAAGCCGGGAAGUUGAAGGGGCUUGCUAGCCCACAGUUCUCGGCGCUACACUCAGGUUCGACGCAAUACACAGCACUCUGGGCGACAAGUCACUUUACACGCUCACAAGUUUCGCCACGCCUAAUGGCAAUUGAUCUUCCGUCUCGGGUACGGUCACUCAAGAGCUCCGGCGCAAUGUGGAGACUGAGCAACCGAUGUUUUAUGGCGCACGUUAUGCACGAGCUGAUGAAUGCCACCUGUAAAAGCAGGCAGCGAAAGACAUCGCAAAUACAUGUAUGUGUUACGUGUGUUACAAUGUAGCAACUUAUCCGCAAUGCAAAU